AUGUUACUAUCCCAUCUCAACAAGAUAUUUGAUCCACUCGGUUUCUUAGCUCCAGUGUUAGUGCGAGGGAAGAUAUUUUUACAGCAAUUGUGGCAAUUAAAAAUCGAUUGGGACAAACCUCUAGAUGCAGAUCUAACAAGAAGAUGGGACUGUUUCUACAAGGGUCUUAACGAGCUGAGCCGUAUUCCUAUUCCAAGAAAAUGUAUACCAAGUCUUAGUUAUGAGGUGCAAUUGCAUGGUUUUUGCGACGCUUCCGAAGAGGCCUUCGGAGCGGCAAUUUAUGUGCGAAGUAAGAAUCAAAUAGGAAAUUGGACAGCUAGAUUAUUAUGUUCAAAAACACGGGUCGCUCCAUUAAAGGGAUCUACGAUACCACGACUAGAGCUAUGUGGAGCGCUCACCCUUGCCCAACUGGCCAAAAAGACAGCUGAAGCAUGGGAGUUAGAAAGCAGCAGUAUUUACUUAUGGACAGAUUCGAUGGUCGUCAUCGGAUGGCUCAACAGUGAAACAUGUAGGCUAAAAACAUAUGUAGCAAACCGUGUUGAUCAAAUUCUCGAGAUCACUAACCCUAAACAGUGGAGGCACGUCAAAACUGACGAGAACCCGGCAGAUGCUCUAUUAAGAGGGUUGACUCCAAAGCAAUUGCAAUAUUGUGAACAGUGGUGGCAAGGUCCAAAUUGGUUGUCCGAGGAUUCAGGCGAUUGGUUAAGAGCGUCCAUUUUAUUGACAAAUGAAGAGUCGCUGCCCGAAAAAAAACCUAUUCGUCUAGCAUUGAUCGCAGUGGAGCCCACGAGAGACCUACUGAAUUAUUUCUCAGUCUGGCAUAAGUUAGUUCGAGCAGCUGCCUGGUUAUUAAAGUUCAUUGAGUUUAGAAGAUCGAAAAACGCCGGUGCAUUAUCAAAUUAUCUUGAUGUAGCAGAUUUAAGAAGGGCUGAAAAUGGAUUAGUUAAGCGAGCACAGCUGGACAAGUUCAGAGAAGAGCUUCAUGCAUUGAAAGCAGGAAAAGAAGUCUCACGCAGCAGCAAACUGAAGUCUUUGUACCCGCUACUUCGAGACGACAAUUUGAUCUUAGUGGGAGGCAGACUAAACCACGCAAAAUUGACUGAAGAACAAAGGCACCCAAUGAUUUUGCCAUCAGAUCACAAGGUAACUAGAUUAAUUUUUGAAGAUACGCAUAAAAGGCUUCUACAACAACUAUUAGCAAGUGUAAGGCAGCGGUACUGGCCUUUGAGAGGAAGAGUCAUGGUCCGCUCCGUAACAACAAGAUGUGUCACAUGCAUCCGUGCAAGACCCACAUUCUCGCCCCCUCUUAUGGCAGCAUUACCGAAGGCACGAGUACGCCCUUCCAGACCAUUCACUGUGAGUGGGGUUGAUUUUGCAGGUCCGCUAGUUGUUCGCAGUGGAAUUCGGCGCAUCACUGGCGUAAAGACAUGGGUGGCGGUUUUUAUAUGCUUUUCCACCAGAGCAAUACAUUUGGAAGCUGUAGUGGGUUUAACAAGUGGAGCCUUUAUAGCAGCACUACGUCGCUUUAUGUCAUGGCGUGGAAAGUGUUCAACAAUAUACAGUGACAACGGAACAAACUUUGUUGGGGCUCAGAAAGAAUUAAAUUCAUAUAUUCAGAAUUGUGACUCACAGUUGGCUCGUGAAGGGAUCGAGUGGAAGUUCAACCCUCCGUCAGCUCCACAUUUUGGAGGUCUCUGGGAGAGCGCUGUUAAGAGCACCAAAUACCAUUUGAAUCGUAUAUUAAAGGACAGCCGUCUUAAUUUGGAAGAGCUAAACACGUUAUUAUGUCAAAUAGAAAGCUGUGUAAAUUCAAGGCCAAUAACUCCACUAAAUAGCGAUCCUUCAGAGCCAGAAGCUCUGACUCCAGGGCAUUUCUUAGUAGGGGGGCCAUUACUAUUGCUCCCAGAGCCGAACACAGAUAGUGGUCCGAUAGAACAUUUACGCCGCUGGAAGUAUGUGCAAGCAUUGAUGAAAGACUUCUGGAAUCGCUGGUAUAAAGAAUAUUUACCACAACUUCAGGUACGAGGAAGAUGGGUAGCAAGAAAGGCAACUUUGCGAGUAGGAGAUGUAGUUAUAAUUAAGGAGGACUGCACUCCGCCCAGCAAAUGGAAACUAGGCAUUAUAACAACUGUGCACCCAGGGAAGGACGAGGUGGUACGUGUAGUAACAGUUCGCACAUCGAACGGUACUGAAUUAAAAAGGCCUGUGGUUAAAUUAUGUAGGUUACCUGUGCUAGAAAAUACACCAGUUGUUGAAAAAGAUGAUUUUCAACGGGGGGAGGAUGUCGCCGCCACGACGGUAGAUGAGCCGUAG